CACGAGGACUGGGCCGAGGUGAGCGCGUCGCUGAAGGAGCUGCGCGUGCUGAUUGCGGGCAACGGCGGGCUGCCUGUGGGCGGCGGCAGUGGCGCGGCGGUGCAGCGCGUCAGGGGGAUGAUGUGGCUGGCGAUGCUCGAGGUGCGCGACAUUGGGCUCGCCGGGUAUGCGCGUGCGCUGCGGCUGUGCCCGUCGCUGAGCGCAGACAAGAUCAACAACGACGCGUUCCGCACGCUGCGCGGCGACGCCGAGUUCCGCAGCAGCGUGCCGACAGCCGCCAUUGUGCGCGUGCUCAACGCACUGCUGUGCGCGCCAGACCGGUCGCAGGCCGACCCGCCGCGCUACGUGCAGGGCAUGAACACGCUGCUGGCGCCGUUCCUCUACGUGAUGGGCGAGGGCGCCGGGUUCUACGCGUACCGGCAGUUCCUGCGCAAGGAGUGUCCGCUGUACGCGCGGCCGUCGCUGCCGGGCGUCCACGCGUGCGUGCAGCUUAUCGACGAGUGCCUGGCGCACACCGACGCGGCGCUGUACUCGCACCUGCGGCGGCACGGCGCCGUCGCCAAGAUCUACGCGUUCCCCGCGGCGAUGACGCUGAGCGCCUGCGUCGGCCCGCUGCGGCAGGUUGUGCGGCUGUGGGAUUUCCUGCUGGCCUUCGGCGUGCACCUCAACGUCGUGUGCAUUGUCGCGCAGCUGCUGUCGAUGCGCGAGCUGCUGGUGACGACCAGCGCGCCGAUGGCGUUUCUGCGGUCGUGGCCGCCGCUGCGCGCCGAGUCGGUGAUCGGCCGGACGCGGGAGAUCUACGAGCGGCUGCCCGAGGACCUGAAGCGCAGGAUCAAGCUGCAC